AUGGCACCUCUGACAAUUGCCGACAUCAUCGUGGAUACCUGCUCGUACCACCGACGCGACUUUGACAUGGCCCUCAUACGAUCGCCACCGCACGAGACGAGCCCGGUCCAGCCCUCGCUCUACACGGCCUUUGACAACCCGCCAGCUUCGGACAUGGGCCUUCUCGGCCGCCUCCCCCUAGAGCUCUUCUGGGUGGUACUGGGACAGGUCGACGUGCAGUCGCACUUUCGCCUCCGGCACGUCAACAGGCAGGCGCGGGCUGCGGUGACGGCCAUGUCCGAGUACCGGUGCGUGGCCCAGCACGGACACGAGGGGCUGCGCGGGGCGUUCCGCACGGGGGUGGCGUCCGUGCUGGGCAUGACGGACCUGUACGCGGCGCUGGUGCGCGAGCGCUGCCAUCUGUGCGGCCUGUUCGGCGGGUUCCUGUACAUACCGUCGGCCGCGCGCUGCUGCUUCGUGUGCAUAGAGCGACACCCCGACCUGCGCGUCAUGGCCACGUCCAGCUUUGCCAGGGCCGUGGCCCUGACGACCGGCCAGCUCGUCCGGGAGCUGGGACCCUGCGGGGGUCUGCGCACCGUUCCCGGAACGUACGACCUGGCUGCGCUGCCGUCCCGUCGGCCCAGGGCGCUCCUGCCCGUCAACCCCGCCAUCAGAUGCCUAGUGUCGCGCCGUCUCAUGGACCGCAGCGAGAUCGCACCCCUCCUGAAGCGCACUGAGAUCGCCAACCAGCGCUUCAUGGUGUCCACGGCCUUUCCCUGGUACGAUCCCGUCACGGGCCGGCCAGAGAGCGGCGUGAGCUGCAAGGCCUGCGUCGGCCGCAUACAGGCGAGGGAGGAUGACAGGUACCACCACCGUCGCGUCUUCACCAGGGCCGGUUUCCUCGAGCACUUUGAACGCUGCCGGGAUGCCCAGUGUCUGUGGAAUCAGACGUGCCGGUUGCGCUGA